AUGCGUGAUAAGGAGAUGGUGAUACGAGGGGGACCUUGGAAUUUUGAUAAAAACCUGGUCUUACUAGAAACACCAGAUGUUCAAUCAAGCGAAACCAAGCUACGUGAGAUUGCUAUUGGUUUUGUUGACGAUGAUUACUAUGUCCAGGUUCAUUUGUCUCCAAAUCAUCAUAUUCCACCAGUUUCUAGAAUGUGGCAUGAACAAAGUGACAUAUGCAAUGUAACACAUUUAUACUCGAGAUACCAAGCGCGUGUGGAUGCGUUUGAACAACUUCCGGGAGUGGAGAAUACGGUUCCAAAGACAUUUCUGGACAAAUAUGGAGAGCAUCUAUCAGAUCAAAUACAACUUAAGUUCCCGAGUGGUUCAGAAUGGAAAAUCAAACUCAGAAGAUGUAAUGGUGAGGUGUGGUUUGAAAAGGGUUGGCCAGAGUUCUCAGAGUUUCACUCUCUUGAAUAUGAAACUGAUGAAGAAGAUGAUGACAAGUCUGUUGAAAGUUUGGAGUAUUUUCCACCCUGCCCAAAAACCCAGAUUGAAGAAACUGGUGUAGAUGAUGAUGAUAAGUUUGUUGAAAGUUUGGAGUACUUUCCACUGUGCCCAAAAACAAAGCACACAAAUGGUUAUGGUCCUCUGCCAUCUCCUCUGCCUCAAGAGAAAAACAGAACAAAUCCCCACUCUUCAUCCAAGUCAUCAUCUUCUUCAUCUUCAUCUUUGAGGGUUAAUGUUAAAGCUGCCAACAAGUUCCUCUCAAGCCACCCAUUCUUCAGAGUCACUUUGGGGCCGUCCCUUAAUAUGAAAAUUCCAAAGACGGUUGUGAUGGAAUAUGUAGAUUUUAUGGCGGACACAAUAUUCCUUGAGGUUCCAUGCGAUGGAGAGAUUUGGUUGCAAAAGGGCUGGCCAGAAUUUGCGAAAUUUUACUCCCUAAAGCAUGGUUGCUUGUUAUUCUUCAUACAUGGAGGGAAACAUUCCCAUUUCAGAGUUCGCAUUUUCAGGAGAAAUACUCUAGAGAUGUAUAUUUCAGUUCAAGUACUGAUGAUGAAGCUGAAGGCAAUUCCAAUCCAAGUAGUGAAACUGAAGAUCAAGGAAUGA